UAUGUGCUUGUUUGGCCUAAUCCGGCAUCCGAAUACAUAUGGAACAUAUGGAGAAGGACAGCACUCGUUUUCUCUGGCAUCGGAAGCCUCGGGAUGGCACUCCUGUCGUUGUUGGAAAUCCAGCAGUUUGGUUGGCUUGGGACACUGUCUUGGUCCAUUUCCUGUGGCGACGAUCGACUGGAACUGAUGCGUAUCCCUUCCUCUGUUUCCAGGAGGCAUUUCCAAGGGCAAUCACAAUGUCGGUCUCCCUUGGCACCCGGCCAAUGCCUCACUUGCACAUCUCGUGGACAUUGCGCUGUUGCUUGCUAUAGAGAUCGAGUCGCUUGAAUCACUGUCGCAUGGGUGGCGCCUUCCGCUUGCGGGGAGCCAACUGUGCGAGGAAGCGUCCUUGAUUCAGAUCCAGAAAUG